UGCAGGUAAGAGCUCAGAUUUGUCACAUUCCCCGUAUUCCAGAGCGAGGACGAGGCAACAUUCAAGACUCAUCAAGAUUCGAUCCAAAUGACUACUUCCAGUGAAGUGCGACGUGCACUGGAGAAAUUGCACAUCGAUGUCGGUGCUAAUGAGCAGCAUAUCUUUACCGUGCAUGAAGAACAUGAGAAUAUGGAUGAAAGUCCCAACCCACAGUCGGAGAAGGAAAUACAUUGCCCUCGUUCAGAGCAAGGGAAGAAUAAGGAAACAGCUGGCCUUGAAUCUGUGAGUCCGCCUCCGGAACCCGUGAAGCCGAGGUCCGGAGCUAAGUGGAGGAGCUCCAAAGGGAAGACGUUAUGCGAACCCGAUACUGGCUCGAGGUCGUCGAAGAGUCAUCCUAUCCAGGCAAUUGAAGCCUCGUUGAGAAGGUGGCUUGUUUAUCUCGAAGGGCACGAAGUGAGUGCGUCGUAUGCAGAUCUUUUGCUGCUUCAGGCUUGCGCGAAGCGCUUCAUGGACCUGGUGGACUUCUACUUCCUAACUCUCGUUGAUUUACUGAUGAAAGGAUCUCAAGUCUUUGAGGAGUCGGGAGUAAAUUUGCAGGAUGGGAUAGCUUUCCCGCCGCCAUCAGCAUUGAAACUCACACCUACCGAGAGGUCCAAGGUGGAUAUGCCUAUUUUCAAAUCCAGAUACAAAUGUCGAUCGCAUGCAAGUUCUUCUUCUACGCAGAGUUCGAAUCCGCCAACAGGAACUUCCAUCGGAGGAAGUUGUGGGAGGAGAAACGACUUGCAUGUAUUGCAGGACUGGCUGACUGAUGGAAUCGACUAUCUAGAGAACGAACCUGUCAAGGUCUUCUAUGAGGAUUUCCAAGUUCUUCAUGCCACCACAAAGAAGCUCGUCGAACUUCUGGAUUCUUAUUUCAAAGAUCUCGUUGAUACACUUCUGGAACGGUGUGCUAUCCGCUCUGAACCUGAAUAGGCUUAUAUCGAAGCGCGGUCGUCGAGAGAACUAGCUCCCAGUCGCUGUAGUCAAAAGACAGAUCCAGAACGGUUACUCUCAAAAGCUUUCAGAAAAGCUGCUCCGUAAAACUAAGUUCCUUUGUAUCAGUCAAUCUGAUCGGUUAAAAUGAUCGUCCUUGCUGGUCCACAUGAAGAAAGUUGCUGUUAACGAAUGCAUUUCAUCUUGUGAAGUCUGGAUCUCCCUCAGCAUCUGGAGCUGAAGAAUUAUUUUAGUUCAGCUAUGAAGCCAUGUUCAAGAUACAGCUCACCUCCAGAUAAUCAAGCGACCGAGGAAGUUUUCUGUUAACACGGCAUUCCAAUACAAGGCUCUCGUUCAGUGUCACUCAACUGAUAGUGACCUGCUUGAAAUUCAUUAGAGAGGGGUUUUUUUGUUAUCUCACUACGGGAAGUUCUACCAUUUGUCAACAUCUGCUGAAGUUGAGUGAUUCUCUAGUUCAGACGACUUAUUCCAAUUCCAG